AUGCCUGCGCCAGGCGGCUUCUAUGCGCCGGGCGCACCGCCGGCAAGCAACGGCUGGGGCUACGGCUCGCAGGCGCAGAACGACUACAAUGCUGGCGCGGGCGCCGGCUGGGUCGGCCUCGCGGCGCCCGGCACGAUGCUGGCGCAGCCGCAGCCGCACAUGCAGCAGCAGUAUCGCGAUCCAGGAGCGCACCAGCAGACGCAAGAGCGCAUCUUCAGACGGCGCACCGUCAAGCGCCUGGAGCUCACGCAGGGCAACCUGGUCAUCGAGAGUCCGAUUGCCGCCAGUCUGUGCAAGCCAGGCCAGGCGCGCGAGUUCACCCACGUGCGCUACACCGCCGUCACCUGCGAUCCCGACGAAUUCGUGGCAAAUCGAUAUGCACUCCGGCCGUGGCUGAUGGGCCGCAAGACGGAGCUCAUGAUCGUGCUGACCAGUUACAAUGAGGGUCCCGACCUGCUGGACCGCACCCUGACCGGCGUCAUCAAGAACAUUGCCUACCUUGCCAGCCGGACGAAGAGCAAGACGUGGGGCAACAACGCAUGGCAGAAGGUCUGCGUGUGCAUAGUGGCCGAUGGACGCACAAAGAUGGACGCACGGUAUGCCAGCAUGCUACAGGUCAUGGGCGUCUAUCACCCGUCUCUCAUGGUCGACCACGUCAACAAGGCACCCGUGGAGGCACACCUGUUCGAGCUCACCUCGCAGACACUUGUCCACGAGAGCGGCGCCGUCGAGGUCUCGUCGGUACCCAUCCAGAUUCUCUUCUGCCUCAAAGAGCAAAAUCGGCGCAAAUUGAACAGUCACCGCUGGUUCUUCAACGCUUUCUGUGCGCAGCUUGACCCGCACGUCACUAUUCUACUCGACGUUGGCACCAAGCCGGCCUCGAACGCCAUCUACCACUUGUGGAAGGCUUUCUCGACGAACGACCGCAUCGGCGGCGCAUGCGGCGAGAUCACCGUCGAGACGGGCCGCUUCUGCUCGCUGCUGGUCAAUCCGGCAGUCGCCGCGCAGAACUUCGAGUACAAGAUGUCAAACAUCCUCGACAAGCCGAUGGAGAGCGUCUUCGGCUUCAUCGCCGUGCUGCCGGGCGCGUUUAGCGCAUACAGAUACAAGGCGAUCAGCGGUGCGCCACUUGUCGCUUACUUCAAAGGAGAAGCCAUCCACAGCGGCAAGGUGCAGACGGGCAGUUUUGAGGCCAACAUGUAUCUCGCAGAGGACCGCAUCCUCUGCUUCGAGCUCGUGACCAAGAAAAAAUCGGCCUGGCUGCUCAAGUACGUCAAGCCAGCCAAGGCAUCGACGGAUGUGCCCGACCGGCUUCCCGAGUUCAUCUCGCAGCGACGCAGAUGGCUGAACGGAUCGCUAUUUGCGGCACUCUAUAGUCUUGCUCACUGCGGCCGGCUCCUCACCUCCGGACAGCCGUUCCUUCGCAAGGUCAUGCUCAUCUUCCAGACGCUCUUUUCCCUCGUCCAGAUGGUGUUCUCGCUCACCGCCAUCGCGAAUUUCUUCAUGGCGCUCUACUUUCUUUUUCAAUCAGCAACGUCAGACCCAAAUUCCGAUCCUUUCGGCGGUCAGGGAGAAGCUCUGCUACAGGUCGUGCUCAACGUGCUGCUCGGCGUCAUUGUCGUGGUCAUCAUUCUAUCACUCGGCAACAGGCCUCAAGGAUCUCAGAUUGCCUACCACUGCAUCGCCGUUUUGCUUGGUCUCAUCAUGCUCGUCGGCCUCUACACCGCAGGCUGGACGAUCUACGUAGCAGUAAAAGCGGCCGGCCUCACCGAGCUCAGCGGCUGGACGACCGACAACAUCGUCCAGCUGCUGGAGCUGAGCAGCUUCCGCGCCAUCGUCAUCUCGCUGGCGGCGACGUACCUACUUUGGCUCAUUGCGUCGCUCAUGGCUUUGGAUCCCUGGCAUCUCGCUACUUGCCUCAUACAGUAUCUCCUGCUGCAGCCGACGUUCAUCAUCGUACUUUCUCUCUUCUCGUUCUCCAACCUCCAUGACAUUUCGUGGGGUACAAAAGGCGACUCGGGCGCCGCGACGGACCUCGGAUCAGCGACGGUCAAGGCCGGCAAAGACGGCAAGGCGGCGGCCGUUGAAGUCAAGGCUCCGUCUGCCCAGGACGCACAGGAGCUCUGGUCGAGCGCACAGGCCGAGCUGGCAGUCAAACGCCCCAAGACGAAGAACCACCGCAGCGCCAGCGUCAAGGCUGCCGAUGCCGCCGCGACAUUCAGAACCAAUCUCCUGGUGCUCUACAUCGCUCUCAACGCCGGGCUCAUCAUCAUCUUCUCCUCGACGUGGUGGGCACGCUACGUGCGCCAGAACGUCAGUCGUGGACAGGCAGGAAGCACUGACCCGUACAUGAACGCAAUCUUCUACUCGGUCGCCGGCCUAUCCGCUGUUAGAUUUCUGGGAGCCUUCUUUUACCACCUCCUCCGGCUGUUCGGCCGCUGA